UGCGAGUGCUCUCGUCGGGCGGCAUUGAGAACUGCCACAUUGUCGCUUGCGAGUGCAAGGUGGAGCCCAUGUUCAAGGACAAGUACAUUCGCUGCAACAAAACCAACGGGCGCAAGGAGCUGCGCUGCUUCCCGCACUGCUGCCCGCGCCACACGCUCCACAGUAGCUGCGGCGGCAAGAUCGUCGUCCACUGCGACCUCUCGAUGCGCAACCAGCUGCCCGUGCACUAUUUUGCGGCCUAUGGUCGGUUUGAAGUCGUGGGCGAGCAGACGUUUGAGCUCGGCCACAUCGUCUCGAUGCAGGCGCUCGAAGACGGCGUGCCCAGGACGCACAACUCGCUCGGCGACUGGUUCCUCGGGGCGCGGUCCCCGUCGCGCGUGUGCUACCCGAACUUUGUCGAGUUUACGUUCAACGACGCGGCCAAGCACUACUGGCCGUACAACUGGCACGGGUCGGCGGCCAAGGAGAAGCGCAAGCUGCGCCACCUCUUCGUCGUGUACCUCUUCGAGAAGCGGCUCCGCGAAGAAAGCGUCGAGAUGCCGAUCGACCUCAAGGUCAUUGCGCUCGUGCAGUCGCCGAGCUUCCACUUGAUCAGCUACCGCUGCAACAACUACCAGAGCGUCGGCGCCGGCUCCAAGAACAACCCAAAGCUGCCGCCCAUGCCCCUCGACGACGACGACGCGCGCGCCAAGCGCUUCCGCUUCAACGAACAGCAAGGCCCUACGUGCUAGGCUGCUCGUGUCCAG